AUGGCUCCUGGUAUUAGUGAUUUGCCGAUGCUGCCAGCGACGGCAGAAGAAAUCACUAAUGUUUCUAUGUAUACGGAAGUUGUAAAUAAAUUGGUUGCAUGCAUUGUGAAUGCGGUCAAUGAUGGCAAGAGUGUCACAGCAGCAAAUAAGCGCCUCAUUACAGUUGCUUCCGAAGAAAUAAGGAGAGCCAAUUUGGUACUUACUAAUAUUACAUCCACGUUGUCUAGUCCCGCUGAGGACCUCAAAAAUGAUAUUAUCACUUGUGUGCGUGAAGAAAUUACUCAUCUUAAGAAAUCAAUUAGCAGCCCUUCUCUAGGGCGAUCCUCUUAUGCUCAAGUUGUUUCUUCAAGCGCUAAUCAAUCACUCACGAUAAACAACCACGUUACUCCCCUCCCCGCAACCAAACCAGCGUUAAUCGUCACUCCAAAAACAGAAGUUAAAAAUAAGCAGGAAGUUAUCGACGUUUGGCGCAAAAGUAUCAGCUUCCGUGCCACCAGAUAUGCACCUGCUCGCGUUCAAACAGUGUCACACAAUAAAUUAAGGGUCGAGUUCGAUAACGAACAGCAGCGUGACGAAACUCUAACACGUUUAUUGAACUCAAAGGUAGUUACAGCUGAACCUGCACGAAAACUUAGACCCAUGAUAAUCCUCAAGGGAAUUUCUGUUGACACUCCAACUGAAGAAUUAGUGGAUAUUAUUAAAAUGCAAAAUGCUGAACUAUCUGAUACCAUUACAGAACAGGAUGACUUAAAAUUUUGCUUCAAACGCAGUAACAGAAACCCUCACCUAUACAAUGCAGUUUUUCGGGCUCAACCCACGGUUUGGAGAAAAAUCAUCAGCAUGUGUAAAUUAUCCAUCGAUCAUCAGCGUAUACACGUUGAGGAAUUUUCACCAUUUAUGCAAUGUCAUAAAUGUUACCAGUUUGGACACACAAAGAACAAAUGUACUUCGGAAAACACUGCAUGCGGUCAUUGUGCCGCAACCACACAUAAUUCUGAAAACUGUCCUAAAAGAGACAAUCCGGACUGCGCUCAGUGUAUCAACUGUGUCGCACAUAACACCAAAUUUAGCACAAAACUUGAUACCAAACAUAAGGCUACAUCCACUUAUUGCCCCAGACUGCGAGCCAUGAAAGAAAGAAUCUUAAACCGAAUUGACUAUGGAUCAACCGGCCAUUUCCAAAUUGCACUGGUGUCAGAGCCCUAUGUGGGAUCUGGCAAUAUUGUUAAACCCAUCCCUGGUAUCAACAUAUUUCAGUUCCCCAAUGGUAACAGGGUCAAAGCGUGCAUAAUGACAAAAUCUAGCUGUGAUUCCGUAAUAGGUCUAUCCCAAUUUUCAUCGGCUAAUUUCAGCGCAGUUCUAUUGAAUAUUGAGGGCAGUAAACUGUACAUAGCAUCCGUCUAUAUCGAGCCUAAUAGUGAUGAAAACAAUACAUUGCAAAGGGUAGAAAACUUUUUAAAAAUGACCAGUAACUGCCAUCAGUUGAUUGGCGGUGAUUUUAACGGUUGGCACCCUAUCUGGGGUAGCGACCGAGCAAAUUCGCGGGGAAACGAAGUUGUUGACAUUGCCUAUGGCAAUGACAUGUUUUUCUGUAAUAUAGGCCAUACUCCUACUUUUGAGACAGUUUCAUAUGGACAAGUGCGUAGUUCUUAUAUUGAUCUUACCCUUGCCUCUAGCUCUAUUUAUGACCGGAUUGGGGACUGGAAAGUUGAUCCUUUAAUCUGUCCAUCUUCUGAACACAGGGCAGUAAUAUUUUCAGUCGCAACUCGUGGUGAAAGAAGAAAAACCAACAAAACAACCAGUACGUUUAGAUACAAUACGAAUAACAUAAAAUGGGAGGAACUAAGACCUUUCUUUGAAACUAAAAUUAUGGAAUAUGUACCCCAAAAUGUUACAGUUGAACAGAUGCAGGCAAAUGAACUGGAAGAUUACAUAAUUUCAGUUACAUCGGCAAUUCAAAGAACAUGUGAUGAGCUGCUCCCAAGGUCAACUGGUCGAAAAUACCGCUGCCCUUGGUGGACAGACGAACUUGAAAGUCUCAAAAAACAAGUAAUACGCAACCAUCAUAACAUACAAAAACUUCGCCGACAAAAUAAACCACUUAAGGACGCCCUUUUGGAAAAAGAACGCUUAAAAACUGCUUAUUCAAAAACCUUUAGAGAAACUUCCACGCGAAAUUUCAGAGACUUUUGUGAAAAGCAAGGGAAGGAGGAUGUGUGGUCCGUUACAAAUAGAAUAAUCAAAUCAAACCCACCUCCGCUGCCACCAGCCACACUAAAGAAAUGCGAUGGUACAUACACCAACUCUAGCCUCGAAACCGCCCAAGCUCUUCUUAAUAAGUUUUUUCCCGAUGAUGACAUAAAUGAUACACCACUUCAAGAAGAAGCUCGGAAAAUUGCAAUUACCGUACCUAAUACUCAAGAUGAACCCCCCUUUUACCUAUGA